AAGAUGGUUAACAGGCAUUUUCUGAAAGUGAUUAGAAAGUAAGAUUUGUGAACUUAAUGUCCUUUAAAAAUCUCUGCUACGAAAAGGGCUGAUCCCAUCAUCUCCUGGAAAACUGCUGUCCUGCAGCCUCGUCAUGAUGAGCACAUGGCAAUCAGUGAUUAUGACGACUGAAGGUGGUUCAGAUACUGAAGUAAAAGAAUCAGAGAAGCUGAGGACUAACACAGUAAGUGAAAAUGCUGGGGAUGCACCAGAGAGUCAAGAAGAUCAGAAACAAAUAGAAGAAGGUUCUCCUGUCCUUCCAACUACAGCUACCCAAAAAAGCCCUAAAAGCUCAGGUGGAAAGGGCAUUUCUCGUUUUAUCCCCCCCUGGCUUAAGAAACAAAAAUCAUACAGCAUAUCAGAACCCAAAGAUGAAACUAAGAAAAGAGAGCAUCUAGCAUCAGAAGAAGAAACAGCAGUGGAGGAAGGAGAAUGUCGUCUUUCAGAAGAAGAAGCUCGAUCUAAAGGAAAAUUAUCGGACAUUUCUGAGAAUCUUCAAGAAGCUGAAGUGGGUGGUGAUAAAGAAGAAAAACAUGUUGAGUCACAGUCCGAUAAAGAAGACAAAGAAAUUGUUUCUGAAGUUACUGAAAACAAGCAAGAUACUGAAGAUCCGAAAAGAGAGACAAAAGAGGUUCAAACAAGUGAAGUCAAAGUAGAAAGAGUGCUUCAGAAAACUCCUAAGAAGAUCAGAAUAGUACAGGCUAAAGUUGUGCUUUUGGAUGGCACGGAAUACAGUUGUGACCUUGAGAAAAAAGCAAAAGGGCAGGUGUUGUUUGACAAAGUAUGUCAGCAUCUUAACCUACUGGAAAGGGACUAUUUUGGCUUGUUAUUCCAAGACCACACAGAUCAGAAGAAUUGGCUUGAUUCUUCAAAAGAAAUCAAGAAGCAAGUUCAUAAUUUACCAUGGCAGUUCACCUUUAAUGUGAAAUUUUACCCACCUGACCCUUCACAAUUAACAGAAGAAAUCACCAGGUACUUUCUUUGUUUGCAGCUUCGUCAGGAUAUUGCUUCUGGACGUCUACCAUGUUCUUUUGUGACCCAUGCUCUACUUGGUUCAUAUACUUUACAAGCUGAGUUAGGUGACUUUGAUCCUGAGGAGCAUGAUAGUGGUUACAUACAGGAAUUCCACUUUGCACCUAACCAGACAAAAGAGUUGGAGGAGAAAGUAGUAGAAUUACACAAGACACACAGAGGUUUGACUCCAGAGCAGGCAGAUUCCCAAUUCAUAGAAAAUGCCAAGCGGCUAUCCAUGUAUGGAGUGGAUUUACACCAUGCUAAGGAUUCUGAAGGUGUGGAUAUCAUGUUGGGGGUUUGUGCCAAUGGGCUACUCAUUUACAAAGACAGACUUCGAAUAAAUCGUUUUGCAUGGCCCAAAAUUUUGAAGAUUUCUUAUAAACGCAGUAAUUUCUAUAUUAAAAUCCGACCAACUGAACUGGAACAGUUUGAGAGUACUAUUGGCUUCAAGCUGCCAAAUCAUAGAGCUGCAAAAAGAUUAUGGAAGGUUUGUGUGGAGCAUCAUACUUUUUAUAGGCUUGUAUCACCAGAACAGCCUCCGAAAGCCAAAUUUCUGACACUGGGCUCCAAGUUCCGUUACAGUGGACGUACUCAAGCACAAACACGCCAGGCUAGCAAUCUUAUAGAUAGACCUGCCCCGUACUUUGAACGGACGUCAAGCAAACGAAUUUCCAGGAGUCUUGAUGGUGCUCCAGUAGGCAUUGUAGACCAGAGUCUGCUAAAGGACUUUCCUGUUGCUGCUGGUGAGAGGACCUUUGAAAUAGCUGGACAGUACAAGUUAAAAGAUGAGGAAGGCAGAGAUGUGGAUGGAGGGAUUACUAAAAUGUCACAAUUAGAAGAUGGAAAGCCUAAAGCAACUUCUCUGAACUUUUUUAAUGGCGCUACUCUAACAGACAAAGCAAAGGAAGAAAAGAUUUAUUCCUUGAGAGUAAAUGGGGAAAAUCUUUAUGUCAGACAUAGCAAUUUAAUGUUGGAGGAACUGGAUAAGACUCAGGAUGAAUUACUGAAGCAUCAGGCUAGCAUUAGUGAACUCAAGCGCAAUUUUAUGGAAUCCACUCCUGAGCCACGCCCCAAUGAAUGGGAAAAACGGCGUAUCACACCUCUAACUCUACAGGCACAAGGGAAAUUUACUUUCCAAACGGAAGACCCUUCCAUUGGAACCAGCAGGACUAUUAAGAGUUCACAUGAGACUCUGGACAUAGUGGAGAAGAAACAGGCAGAGGUUGGGAUAGCAGAGGCAGUAGUCACAGACGAUACCAGCAGGGGGAAAAUGCCAUCUGUCUGUGGUAGUGGGGAAAGUCAGAAGAUGGAACACCUAGCAAAAAAAGACUCUUCAUCACUAUCAUCCAAUAGCAGCAGUAGUGAGAGUGAAGAUGAAGUAGGAGAGUAUCAGCCACACCAGCAGAUUAUACAAGAUACUAUAAAAGAAGAAUGGGAAGAAAAUGAAACUACCAAAGAGGAAGAAGAGAACUCAGCAGCAGAAGUUUGUGUUAAAUUUUCAGAAGAAGUCAGUCCAAUUCAAACAGCAAUUGAGCACAAGCAGUCGACUGAAGCUGUGGUCCAGACAAAUGAAGCUUCCACAAAGACAUCAGAAAAGUCAGAGUUAAGAAAAUUGGAUGAUGAAGGCCUAAAAGAAGAAAAGGAAGAAGAUCUACCCAAACUAAAUGGAGAAGCAUCACAUAUUGACAUUGAUGUUUCACCACAAUUAAUUUGUUGCUCAGAGCCUCCACUUAUUAAAACUGAGAUGGUGACGAUUUCAGAUGCUUCACAAAGAACUGAAAUAUCCACCAAAGAAGUCCCAAUUGUUCAGACAGAGACUAAAACGAUCACCUAUGAAUCUCCUCAGUUUGAUGAUGGUGGUGAUGCUGGUAUGUUGUUGAGUGCGCAGACAAUCACAUCGGAAUCUGUCUCUACUACCACAACCACACAUAUUACUAAGAUGGUAAAAGGUGGUGUGUCAGAAACCAGAAUUGAAAAGCGGAUUGUUAUCACGGGAGAUACAGAUCUUGAUCAUGAUGAGGCAUUGGCGCAAGCCAUUAAAGAAGCCAAAGAGCAGCACCCUGACAUGUCCGUAACAAGAGUAGUGGUGCAUAAGGAAAGUGAACUUGAAGAAGAAGGCCAUUAAGAUUUAUGAAGAAUGCUUUGAGACUAUGAAGAACUUAAAUAAUUCCAAGAUGAUAUCCCAGCCAGUCUUUCACUGAAUAUACUAAGCCUGUGGUGAACAGGGACCAAAUUUCUCCAAACCGAAUUACCAACUUUACAGUUUCUCAUGUAUGUCUUUGUUUUUAUAACCGAUUUUUAACUUCUUGGAUUUUUUUUAAUGAGCUUUAGAGAAUUUUUUUGUUCAAUUCCCUGCUAUUUUUGUAUAACUGAUUUCUUGAUUGCAUGAAAGUAAGCAAAUAUAUUUAGAAAGCACCGUUUACUUGAGCAGUUUUAUUAUGCAGGGAAAAGAAACCCUGACUAAUUUAGAUAUAUGCUUUUCAAAAUGUCUCAAAGGCUUACUGGAAAAAUUUUACUUUUUCAGAUAAAUAUCAAAUAAUACAAUAAAAAUAUUCAUUUUAUUAAAAAAAAUACAAAAUGUUCUUAUAGUUUGGCAGGGAAAGUAAACUGAAAACUUGUAUGAUUUUAUAUAGAUUCCUAUAUAAUUUUUUUCUGUUUAUUCUGAUGAUCUAUUUUGUGAGGGAACUGGUGCUGGUAUCAUAUAGAAGUGAUUUUUUUUUUAGUUAUAAAAAAUAUUUCUACUGACCAACCACUGUUCAAGUAGCCUUUUGUUUGCACUUCACUGUCCUCAGCCAGUCCCGUCAAAGAGACCUAUGGUCUGCAACAUUCCAGAGUUGGAAGGACUUUGCUCUGUCCUUCCAGCAAAUUUAGGCAGCUUAAAACCUAAUGUUUUUCUCUUAAUACGCUAAAUAUCAGAUACUUCCAUUAUAUAAAUGCAUCUGCUGAAAGCUUGCUUUGCCUAAAAACAGGGCUGGCAGUGCUUCUGAUUCAAAUGCAGAAAGUGUUUCAGAGCACCCACUGAAAGCAGUGUGCAGGAUUUCUCUGCAACUCAUUAAACAAAGCAGAAUUUUUCCAUAGGUUUGUCUGUGCCAUCCCAGGAAUACACAUAUCUCACUUAAGCAGUUGCAGUCCAGGACCACAGAUGGUCUCCCCUGGACUCUUUGAAGUGCCUUUUUGUCUUUGAAUCUUAAGUGCUGCCCAGCCCUAAUAAAAACUCAUUAACUCCUGUUAUAUAACUGACGUUUGUUGAGCAGUUAUUGUUUAAGUAGCUUGCCUAAUAAUAGGAACAGGUUUUGAGGACCAGAAGGAACCAAGGGUAUGGCCUCGGCCCAUUAUCAAUGGUGCCUGCUACUGAGGAGGUCUCUUUGAAAACCUGUUAACUAUAUCCAUUUUUCUCCAUUGUUCGCCAUAUGAACUGUAUAGUUAAGAUGCCAUAUUAAAUUUAUAGCAGCUUGAAGUUGUAUUAAGUGAUAUUUUGCUUCAUAAUACUGUUAUAAAAUAAAGUUUCUUUAUUCUCUAAA